ACGAAAAACACAACAAAUAUUUGCAUGUGCAAUAAACCAAACAUAAAUAGCAUUUUGCCAACCAUUAAGUCAACGGGAAAAUGGCUGCGGCCGGAAACAACGUCCGCUGUAUUAACUACUACGACCUGUGUCGAAUUUGCACGGACAGCAGCGACCAUAAGACGGACAUCUAUUCGCCCGAGGGACGCGCCAAGAACCUAAGCCACAAGAUCCUCGAGUGUCUUUCGCUACAGAUCGAUGAAAAGGAUCGCUUGCCCAAAGUUGUGUGUGCGCAGUGCGUGCAGCUGGUGGAGCAGAUCUACGGACUCCGCGCCACUUGCCGCAAUUCCCAGACUAUGCUGAGCAAUUGCCUAAACAUUCGCCCGCCACCAAGCACUGACAAGCUAUACAUCCGGGAUGCAGUUGACGAGUCAGGCAAGAGUCUCAGUGUGGCGCAAGCGGCACCAGCAGGCUCCAACGGACCUCAGCAGUCCGGAAACCUGUUAAACACCAUCAUCCAGGCGGUGGGUAUGCAGCCCCAGCAGCAAUACACCAUCACAGUGGACAAUGGGAUACAGCAACACCAAGUUCCUUCUGAAGUGCAAAUUAAAAGCGAAAGGCAAACUGCUUUGGAAGAGUUUAUCCGUCUUAAGCCGGACAUAAAAAUAACACCGCUGGGAAAGAAGGAUUCCAUUACUCCCGCCAAAGCCCAGCAGGCACCUCUGCAACCGCAAGCUGUAACGACUACAGUAAACACUCCUCAGUUGCAGUUGCAACCGCAGUUAGGCGAGCAACUGCAGCCUCUCUGGCAGCAGAUUCAGCAACUUCAACUACAUCAGCAGCUUCAGCAACUCACAAGCCAGUUGCAGGCCACCACACAGUACUCCGCCACCCAGGAGGAUUCAACCAAUCCUGGCGACAGUAAAAAGCCCAAGUUGAACUUUGUGCUCUCUUCGCCAACGGCACCCCAAUUUACCACCGCAUUGCCCCAGUUUGGGGGUAGUCAGCCUCAAAUACAGUUGCAAUUGAUGUCCGGAGGAGGUGCAGUUGCCAAUUCGGGGGCUGGGCCUGCCCAGUCGCAAUUUAAUGCCGCUGCCCUGCUCUCUAGUCUGGCUGCUCCGCAGUCUACUCCUAAUCUGCUCUCCCCGAACAAGUGUUUUCUGCCCAUCACAAUUCGCGACGAGAACUCGGACCAGCAGAUUGUGGCUCAUAUAGACACCAAGAACCUCGUGCUGCCAACCACCUACCAAGUACAGAUGAAGCUUCAGCCUCAACUAGCCACCGCGGAUGGCCAACCAAUUAUGCAGUUGACACCCACCUCGAUUCCGGCUACUCUGCAGCUAACACCACAGACUAUGGGGAAUACCGGUACCAACUUUCAGGGUACGGCCACUGCUGUGGCGCAGAACCAGUUUCUGGCUCCCCAGCUUCCACCACCGCAGUCCAUCCAGCAGCAACAAACCCUUACCCAACUGCCUAACACGGCACAAGUUACCUCUCAGCAAAUCAUAAGAUCUCCACAGACGAACAACACUAAUUCACAAUUGGUAAUAAGGAAUGUGACCAAUAUCCCUACGACUCCCACUACACCCACGAGCACCAAAGAGGCGCUGACUUUCAAGACACCUUCUCCAAAGCAAAGGCAGAUGCCAUCGCCGAAGAGCAAACCCGCAGUGGUCUCACCCUCUGGAGGAAGCAAUGGCACAGCUAACAACGAGUUCAAGCGCCUAAUGACACAGACAAGGCCCCCACAGGUAAAGCAGCAGCAACCCGCUGCAGUCGCUGCAUCUGCACCACAAACGACGGUCAUAGCCAAUCAGGCUGCCAUGCAACGACUCUCCUCUAAUACAACCAUCACUAAAGUCGCCAAACAAUCCGCUCCUACUUCUGCAGCGGUACCAACACCUAGUCCCGCCAAGCUACCCAUGCUAAACAAGCAGAAUAUUACCAUUAGUCGAAUCUCAAUGCAAACACCUCCCAAGCCACAACUGAAGCCUCCUGCGACAGCCGCUUCUACUGCUCCUCAGCCCAUUCCUGUUUCCGUACCCGCACUCAACCAAACACAGCCUCCCCCCUUGGCCGCGCAACACAAAAAGAUCGUUCGCAAGCCACCAGAAAACCAGGAAACGCCUGCGCAGAAAAAACCAGCUCGGCCACCACAGCAGAUUCUGCCCUCGCCAAAUCAGGAAGGUCAGAAUGCGACUAAUAGCGAAAACGACGCACUUUCGUCACUCGCAACUCCUGCCCUCAUUUGCCCAACUUGCAAACGUGAAUUUAAGAAGAAAGAGCACCUCACCCAGCAUGUGAAGCUUCACGCUGGCUUGAGACCCUUUAAAUGUUCAGAAGAAGGCUGCGACAAGACCUUUAGCCGAAAGGAGCACUUGUCACGGCACUUGAUUUCCCACUCUGGCCAAAAGAUGUACACCUGCGAGGUGUGCAAGAAGCCCUUCUCACGGAAGGACAACCUGAACAAACACAAGCGGAUUCACACUCAGCCAACCAACGAAACGCUUUAUUGCUGCGAUGUGUGCAAUAAGAAUUUCGCCACCAAGUUGCAUUACGAGAAACAUCGGGAAAUGCAUAAGAAAACUCGGCCGGAAAGUGUAGCUCCGGCUGCCACUGUCCCUUCUGCAGGAGCCAGUGCGCCUCCUCAAGUCCGUAGCAACGGUCAGGCCCCCAGUAAGGCGGUUUACGAAAUCAAACAACGCACUCCGCAGCAACAGCAGCAGUCACACAACCAACAGACGCAUUCCCAAGCGCAGCCUGCCCAGAUUAUGCAUGUGGUUACCACCCAGGACCUGGCAGGAAACACCAUAACGAUCACCCAAUCACCCGACUCUAAUAUGCCCGCAUCUCUGGCAAAUUACGUGCAGCUAGGCUUUUCCCAGUUCCAGAAUCCAAGCGCCCCAGCCGCCAAGUAAUUAGUCUGUAAGCUCGAGAAGCUUACUUACCUCAUAUCCUAGUCCGCGGUCUAUUCCAUCUCUUGGUCGCAUGUUCCUUAUUGCUUUUAGUUUGCGUUUAGUUUACCUUUUAUCUUUUUCUUUGUGCAAUAUUAUUUAUAAAACAUGAAUCGCGUUUUCACGAUUCAUUAGUAUCCUUAAUUUAUUUUAGUUUACAGUCUGUGUUAUUCAGUUUUUAUUCAGAGAUUCGCAGAAGUUUUUAUUAGGAUAAACCCUUAGAAUUUUUGUGUAAAGUUUCCUAUUGUAAGGCAUUGUAAAUAUCCGUGUAUCUAUAUAUGUACAAGCUGAAAACAAUUAAUAAUAGAAUACCUUUUUUGGGUGAAAAGAAUGAUUCCAUUGCAAAAAUAAAUAUAAUGUAUAAUUUAUGGCAAA